CCCAAAGUUAGACGUAUGUAUGAAAUUCAAAGUAGAGUGUUCGCAAAUGUUACUAUUUCUGCUUUCACAGGUAUUAUUGGCACCGCUAAGAAGAGCAUAUAAAGAAUUCAAUGGAAGCAUUUAGCUUUCUCUUAUUUUGCUUCUCUCUGCUUAUGGCUGUCUCUAUUGCAAGAGACACGAUCAACACACUGCAAUCAAUAAGUGAUGGUGAGAUAUUAGUUUCAGCAGAUGAAACCUUUGCGUUGGGAUUCUUCAGCCCUGGAACUUCCAAGAACCGUUAUGUCGGAAUUUGGUAUAACAAAGAUCCAACAAAGGCAAUAGUAUGGGUUGCAAACAGAGAAAAACCCCUCACUGACUCCUCAGGGGUUUUGAAGGUCAACGACAUCGGAAUUUUAGUCCUUCUUGAUAUUAAUAAUAGUCUUAUUUGGUCAUCCAACACGACGCGAUCGGCACAAAAUCCGGUUGCAAAGCUUUUGAAUUCUGGGAAUUUUAUUGUGCAGGAUGACAGCAAUAGCGACACGGAAGAUCUGCUGUGGCAAAGUUUUGACUAUCCAGGCGACACAAUCUUGCCUGGACAGAAGUUGGGAAGAAACUUAGCUACAGGACUAAAUCGGAGGACAACAUCAUGGAAAAGCUCUGAUGAUCCUUCUCCAGGUAGCUUUAGCUAUCAAUUCGAUAUUGAUGGAUAUCCGCAAUUAGUAUUAAGAGAAGGCAUAACAAAAAGAUUUCGUUUUGGAUCAUGGAAUGGUAUUCAAUUUAGUGGGGCACCUCAAUUGAAAAAUGAGUCUGUAUUCAGAUUUAGCAUGAUUUCUAAUGAGGAAGAGGUGUAUAUUGUAUAUUGGACUGUUGAUAGUUCAGUUCAUCAGAGGCUGCAGAUAGCAAUGGAUGGAUUCAGCCAGCGGAGAAGUUGGAGUGGUGGAAAUACAGGUUGGACCACAGUUUCACACAUACCGGUGGAUGACUGUGAUUAUUAUGGAAAAUGUGGAGCAUAUGCUAGUUGUGAUACAAACCAUUUUCCAAUGUGUAGAUGCUUGGAUGGAUUUGUGCAGAAUACUAUUGACUCAUCAAGUGGUUGUGUUAGGAGAACCUCAUUAAGUUGCAAUAAUUCAGAUGGGUUUGUGAAGUUUUCAGGGCUAAAAUUACCAGACACAAAAGGAACUUGGUUUAAUACAAGUAUGAGUUUUGAGGAUUGUAGGAUUUUGUGCUUGAAAAACUGCUCUUGUACGGCUUAUGCAGCUUUGGAUGUCAGCAAAGGGCCAAAUUCAAAUGGUUGUUUACUUUGGUUUGGAAAGCUGAUGGAUAUGAAAGUGAUGACUGAAUCUGAAGAUAUUUAUGUAAAGAUGGCAGGGAAAGAUGUAGAAGCAAUUGUGCGAAAAAGAUUGCCGAAGUUCAAGAAAAAGAAGCAAAAGAUUACCACUGCCAUAAUCUGGGUGUUGUCUUCUGGAAUUUUGAUCUUAUGCUUGGCCAUCAUCAUUUAUAGAUGGGAGAUGCGUAAGAAAGGAAAGAUAAAAGAAGACAGAGAAUCAGAUGAUAGUCAGCAUGAUGAGGAAGAUUUAGAAUUGCCCUUAUUUGAUAUAAAUACGGUUACUUCUGCAACAAACAAUUUUUCAACUGACAACUUAUUAGGGAGAGGUGGUUUUGGACCAGUUUAUAAGGGUAUCUUGGAAGAUGGACAGGAAAUAGCUGUCAAGAGGCUUUCGAAGAAUUCAAGCCAAGGAUUCGAAGAGUUCAAAAAUGAAGUUAUGCAUGUUUCCAAACUUCAGCACAGGAAUUUAGUAAGGCUACUAGGGUGCUGCAUUCAAGCUGGGGAAAGAUUGUUGAUUUAUGAAUUUAUGAGCAACAAAAGCUUGGACUUCUUCAUAUUUGAUUGUGAGAAGGGAAAGCUACUAGAUUGGCCAAAGCGUUUUCGUAUCAUCAAUGGGAUUGCCAGAGGUCUUCUUUAUCUUCAUCAAGAUUCAAGACAUAGAAUAGUUCAUAGAGAUCUCAAGGCUGGGAAUGUUUUGUUAGAUGAUGAAUUGAAUCCUAAAAUCUCGGACUUUGGAACAGCAAGAAGCUUUGUAGGAAAUGAAAGUGAAGCAAAUACAAGACAUAUUGUUGGAACUUAUGGCUAUCUAUCACCAGAGUACAUAGUUGGUGGCCUGUAUUCAACAAAAUCUGAUGUCUAUAGCUUUGGUGUACUAAUAUUAGAAAUAGUUAGUGGGAAGCGAAAUAAAGGAUUCAUCGAUAUUGACCACUACUUUAAUCUUCUUGCCGAUGCAUGGACACUUCUAGCCGAAGACAAGUGCUUAGAAAUAGUUGCUGCAUCUAUCAGAGACUCAAUUAAUUUGACAGAAGUCAUAAGAACAAUUCAUGUCGGUUUGCUAUGUGUGCAACGAAAUCCAGAAGAUCGACCAAGCAUGUCAUAUGUGCUUACGAUGCUGAGUAGUGAAUGGGAACUACCUCAGCCAAAGAAGCCAGGGUUCUUUAUUGAGAGAGAUGUGGUUGGUGACCAUUCUACAUUAAGCAACAAUGAACUCACGGCUACUCAGGUCCAUCCGCGGUAAAAUUUGAUUAAAAAUUUAUUCUGCAGGAUCUCAACAUUAAGCUCAAGGAUGAUAUUGAUAAUUGGCCAGUUCAACUAACAAUAAAUGACAUUUCUCAUAACAGUAGCAAAAUGCUUCAAAUGAAAUUUGGUACUACUGUGAAGUGCUUGAAUAGGAGUACUUGUAACUAUGAUUCAGGAAUGGUGUUGAAUGUUGAUAUUUUUGGGUUAUGAGUCAUGCCUAUUUGUUUAAGAGAAAUACUAUUUGUACACCAAAAUCAGCCACUAAAAUCAGCCACCAAUGUAUUUGUGUAUAAAUACAUAUGUGGUUUAAUUUAUUUUCAUAGUGUAUUUGUAUUCCAGUAUGUAUUUUAUACUGGUGGCAAACAUUAGUAGUUGAUUUUGGUGUACACAUAGCAUAAUCCUUGGUUUAUACUCUAUGAACAGGGUUGAAGUUGAAAAGAAGUGCACACAAAAAUAUGAAAAGUAUCCAAAAAUGAAGUCAGAGGAAGGAACAAAGUAAAAGAAGGAAGCGUAAGAAAAAUAUCCUUUUCGUGGAUCCUGAAUCUAAAUAGAAAUGAAACUAUAAUAGACAAGAAAGUGCACUCAAUGAGGUAUAGGUAUAUGUAUAGGUAUAAUUAUAAGAACAUGUAUAAUUAUAAGUAAGAACAUGUUGUAAUGAUAUAUACACUUAGAGUGAACGUUUUUCUUUUGCUUUAAAGUAUGUUAAACUUUAAAAUAAACUAUCUAGCAUAUAACAAUGUCAGAAAUUUCAUUAGCUGAAUUUACUGCACAAUUUCCUUAUGAAAAGCCAAACUGAUGUGGAUAAAAAGUAGGUCCCUUGGCCUUGGUAAUGGUUUCUCACCAUUCAGCAUUAGAACUAUGGCUGACAUGUCUGGCCUAUUUUCUGGUCUCUCUUGUACACAUAAAAGCCCUAUGCUUAGCACUUCAGAUUCUGUUGCAACAACUGAGUCAGUUAAUGAUUCAUCUAUAAGCUCCAAUGGCCUCUCUUCACACCACAACCUCCAUGCCUAGAGCACAUGAAAAUUGAACUUUUGAAUUGUGAUAUAACUUUGGAAUUUGCAAACAAAAAUACAGUGAGAUUAAGUUGAAUGAUCUUUAGGCUUACAUGCCCAAGAAGGUCAAG